CCGGGAGUAUAACUAUCUAAAAGACAGCUAAACAUUAGCAAAUGAUUUGAUAACUUAACCCCUAUAGUAGUUGACGACCUGUGCGAUUCCAGAGAGGACUGGUACUUCUAAAUGGUGAACGAUCUCGGACUGUUGAGCUAAAUUGAACAGAGAUAGAGAUGACUAAUGAUAAUGUAAACGCAAUGGACUCUACUGGUUUGCGAAAUGGCCAAGAAAAAACACACGUUGUUGACCCUGUCAUGUACAAAGAACAGACCAUACUGACAGUAGAGCUGCUCAUGAUUAUCGUUAUGAUCGUCUUCUUCAUGUGCCUCAUCCCAGUCAUCAUCAGAUGCCGCAACAGAUGCUGCAGCGGUAACCGUUGCUGUAGGUGCGUCCAAAGUUGUGACCCAACGUAUGACGAGGCACAUGAUGGAGAUAUGUCAAAGAAUACCAAAUACAUUGAAGAACAUCAGAAUUAUGGAUAUGAAUUGGGCGAAGUAGUGAACAAUGAACCUCAUCCUAAUGAGCCUGCAACUCCACCAAACAAAAGUAAACCUGGCGCGUCGUUUGGUUUGUGUGACAUGUAGAUGACAUUUAUUGCCAGUCGUUCUGGAUAUGUGGAGAUUUUUGACGAUCUUAACAGUGGAUCAUGAUAUAAAUGAAACCAAAGACACCGAGAACGGAAAGAUAUGACCAUGAAAGCCUUUGACAAAACCAGAAGUACUCUUUUAUGUCAGGCUUGGCACAAACCUUGACAAUUUACAUCACCCUGUGAUCCACACUCCCUUUAUUGUCUAAGCAAGGCUGGUCACCAAGAGGAACCAUGCCUUUUAUCAGAGUUCCUUUCUAUACAGGUUGAAAAACAGAAAUAUGAGAUAGUUUCAGAAUGGAUGGAAACAUGCAAUUAGGAGCACCUAGAAGGUAGCGAAUCGAAGAAACAUUUCCAAACUUUACAUCGGGCAUUUAAUACUUUUUAUCUAAAGUGAUUAUAAACGUGAUGUCGAUAAGCGAUUUAACAUGUUCAGGGUGAGCCAAAAAAGGUAAC